UACCGAUAUACAUAUAAACACUUUCAAUUUAUAUGCACAUCAACAAAACAUAAAUCUUUCCGGUUUUGUUUCUUGAAGUACCUCGCUUUAAAUUACAUCGUGUUUCUCUACAUGGAAAUAACAAAAAACAAGGAAACUAAUCGUUUUUUGUUAACCGCUACAAACCAACAUUCAUUGCCAUCUAGAUCCAGUAUCCCCAGUAUUAAUCUGCCCAGUAUAAGUUAAACAUUCGAACGAAAAAGAUGUUCUUUAAACGAUUUCCCUUCACUCUUGUUACAUUAAUAACGCUUACCACAUUCAUAGUCAGUUCUAUCGCCAAUGGUCCGUGUGUUCGGCAAUUAACACAACCAUUCGACCAUAGCGAAGAGCCUACUUGGGAUGAUCGAAUUAAAUUGUUAUAUUUUGUUGACAUACACGCCGGAAGAAUAUAUUCAUAUGAUCCUGUCACAACAAUAUUGAAUCAUAUUCAACUUGACGGCGAUGUUACACCCAUUAUUCCGACAGUGUAUGAUACCCAUGUAUUUGUGGCAGGGCUAAAUAGAUCGCUUGUUGCUUUACGAUGGUAUCCUAAAGGUAGUAGAUUGGAAGCUGUUGGUACUCUUACAACAGUGGCAAAACAAUUUCCAACUAGUCAAUUCAACGAUGGAAAAGCAGAUGCCAAAGGAAGAUUGUGGAUAGGAACAAUGGGCUACGAAAAUUCAAUUGGCGUGGUUCCAAACCAAGGUUCGCUCUAUUUAAUAACAAAGGAAAAUAUUGAAAACCCUGAAGUUGUAAUAGCUCCUGUUAAUAUUAGUAAUGGUUUGGCGUGGAAUAAAGCAAACACGAAAUUCUUUUACAUCGACACCCCAACUCGUCAAGUUAGGGUGUACGAUUUCGACCUUAAAGCUGGUAAAAUUUCAAAUCCAAAAGUAGUCUUUGAUGUGAGCGAACACGACGAAUUAACGGGGAAUCCCGACGGAAUGACAAUAGAUGAAGACGAUAAUAUAUGGGUGGCACUGUACGGGGGUGGAGCUGUGGUUAAAGUUGAUACGAAAACUUUAAAAGUUUUGCAGAUAAUAGCAAUACCAGCUUUAGAUGUUACAUCUGUGUCUUGGGGUGGUGAGAAACUUGAUAUUUUGUUUGUAACAUCAUCACGAUUUGCACUUAGCCCAGAAGAAAGAAGACAACAACCCGCUGCCGGAAGCUUGUUCGCGGUUUACAAUUUAGGUGCUCGGGGUUUACCCGCUCAUUAUGCCGAUGUAAUUGAUGAUGUAAAACUUCCCUGCUUAAGAUGAAUUUAAGUUUUCUACAAUAAAAAAUUAUCAGUA